AUGGCCUCAAUGCUCGACAGGCUCCUCGCUCAGGACAUCUCAGACUCCACCGACUUCCCCGACGACACCACCACCCCUGGUCUCCGAGCCUUCGACGACGCCCUCCGAUGCAGUAUAUGCCGCGACUUCUACGACGCCCCUGUCUCCCUUAACUGUGGCCACACCUUCUGCUCCGCGUGCAUACGCUCCGCACUGCCCGAGCAACCCCAGUGUCCGACUUGUCGCAAGCCAGCCACUGAGGUCCAUCUGCGCAAGAACGUAGCUAUGGAGACUGCGGUGCAAGCGUGGCAGGCAGCUAGGCCGCUAGUGCUCCGCUACGCCCAAGAGGAACAGAAACGGAAGGAGCAACCUGAAACGCUUCCACACAAUCGCCCCGACCCCAACGCCUCCGGGCACGCGGGGCGCAAACGCAGGAGACUCGCCUCCCCCGGCCCCUCAGCGAGCUCCGACGACGAAGCGGUCGCCAUGCCCUCCAGCCCCGUGCCCUCUGGUUCGUCUACCCCUGACAUCACUCCCCUCCCAGACUUGGUGGCCUGCCCGAUCUGUCAGAAGGACGUGCCGUCCAGCAGCAUCAACAUGCACAUCGACAGCGGGUGCAAGCGCUACCUCUCCGAAGGCUCUGCGAGCGCCCCUCUGCCCGACGCCGCAAAAAGCAAGCAGAAGCAGCAGUGGUCGCGGCUCCUCGCGGGGGGCGGAGGCAGCGCCCCCUCGAAGGGCGGCAAGGGAAAGGGAAAGGGAAAGGGAAAGUCGCGCGCAACCCCCGACCCCCUCUCCGACACGGACGCGGAGCAGCACCUCCCCAAGGUCGCGUACGACAUCCACCCGCAGAAGCGCAUCGCGGAGAUGCUCGCCGCGUGGGACCUCCCCGCGCAUGGGGACAAGGCCGCGCUCGCGCGGCGGCACGCGCGCUGGGUCGUGCUCUACAACGCGAACGUCGACCGCGCGGCGCGCCAGCGGCGCACGCUCGAGCAGCUCCGCCAGGAUUUGCGCCGCGCGGAGGACGCGGAGGGCAGGGGAAGGCGGGUGGUCGUCGAGGACGCGGUCGCAUACCAGAGGGCGAACAAGGCGGCGUUUGCGAGGCUCACCGAGGCCGCGCGCCCGAAGAAGCCCGCGGCGGCGAAGGCGGGCUCUCCUGGUCCGGACGGGGCGGGCUCUGCGGGUGCUGAGGCUGAUGGGCAGACGCGGGAUGGGAGGUCGACGCCCGUGCGUGAGGUGAUCGAUGUCGACGAGGGCUAA